AUGGGACACAAUACAAUUCUACAUUCAAGUAUACAGACACCACUUGGUCGUGAGCUUCAGGCACAGGGUGUCACACUGAAAAAGUCAUCGCUGAUGUACCCCAUCUUUCUCACGGAUGAACCGUUCGCCAAGGAGCCACUUGGAUCAAUGCCAAAUCAGUUUCGAUGGGGUGUGGAGCGUCUCGGAGAAUUUCUAGGACCACUAGUUGAGCGUGGCCUGUGUUCUGUGAUUAUAUUUGGUGUCCCAACAACUAAGCCCAAGGAUGAAGUCGGCACUCUUGCUGAUGACUGCGAGGGACCUGUUAUUCAAGGCAUCAAAAAGAUUCGUCAGAUUUUCCCAUCGUUGUAUGUGGCGGUCGAUGUUUGCUUGUGUGAAUACACAUCACAUGGCCACUGUGGUAUUCUGUGUCCAGAUGGAUCGAUCAAUAAUGACAAGUCCAUUGCUCGUCUGUCUGAUGUGGCUGUGGCCUACGCAAAAGCUGGUGCACAUUGUGUGGCUCCUAGCGAUAUGAUGGACAAUCGUAUACAGGCCAUCCACGAAGGCCUGAAGCGGGAAGGUCUCGCGCAUCGCACCUCGAUUAUGGCAUACAGUGCCAAAUUCGCAUCGAGCAUGUACGGUCCAUUCCGUGAAGCUGUCGCCUCUGCACCUGCCUUUGGUGAUCGCCGGUGCUACCAACUGCCACCCAAUGCGCGUGGACUUGCUCGACGGGCCAUUCUGCGUGAUGUGCAAGAAGGCGCCGAUAUCGUGAUGGUCAAGCCCACCAUGCCCUAUUUGGAUGUUCUUGCCGAUGCACGUGAGUUAGCUCCCGAUCAUCCUCGCGCUUGCUACCAUGUCAGUGGUGAAUAUGCGAUUCUCCAUGCGGCGGCCAGUGCAGGAGUCGGCGAUCUUCGUGCGAUGGUCGAAGAGAGUAUGACAUCGAUGCUUCGGGCAGGCGCCACGUUGAUUUUAACAUACUUUACACCAGAGCUACUUACGUGGUUGGAUCAUCCUAGGGCUUGUUAA